AUGGCCGCGUCCAUGUUGUUGCUGGCUCGACGAAAUCGUCGUAUCAGACGUGACAGAGUAUUUAGAAAUAUUGAUAACCCUCUUGACUACCUUGAUGAUGAAGCUAUAAUAAGAAGGUAUAGGCUUUCAAGACCCUUAAUCCAUGAUUUAUGUGAACAAUUUCAAAAUGAACUACAAUGUCCUACUAUGAGAUCUUAUGCAUUACCUGUCUCACUGCAGGUAAUGGUUGCAUUACGACUUUAUGCAACUGGCAGUUUCCAAGCAGUUGUUGGUGAUGUGCAUAACAUUUCAAGACCGAGUGUGUGCAAACUAGUGAAAGAUAUGACCCAGUGUCUUGUUAAUGUGGCCAAUAUACACAUAAGAAUGCCUAUUACUUCAAAUGAAUUGGCCAAAAACAUGAAUGAAUUCAGUUUAAUUGCAAAUAUGCCAAAUACCAUUGGGUGUAUUGAUGGAACACACAUUAGGAUUAAAUCUCCAAACGUUGAUGAACAUUUAUACAUAAAUCGCAAAAAUUACCAUUCAAUUAAUGUCCAAGGGGUUUGUGAUGCCAACUUAAAAUUUAUUAACAUUGUGGCAAAAUGGCCCGGCGGAACACAUGAUGCGUUUAUUUGGUCAAAUUCUGCUUUGAAUCGUUUAUUGAAACAGGAAGGAUUGCAGAAGGAUGGUUACUGGGGGACAGCGGUUAUCCACUGCGUCCUUGGUUACUUACACCAGUAG